UCUACGGCAUUGGUUGUUGAUAUGCAUGCCACAGAAAGCUCAGUUCCUGACGGUAGUGAACGCCGGUUACUGCAAGCGGAAGACUCAGAAAACGAACACAACAUGGAGCAACCAAAACCGUACAAGGUUUAUACGCGAAGGUGGGUCAUCUUGGGGAUUUUCUGUCUCUGCUCGAUGAGCAACGCCUUCCAGUGGAUCCAAUACGGCAUCAUCAGCAACAUCAUCGUGCAAUACUACAACACGUCCCCGUUCGUGGUCAACUGGUUUUCCAUUCUGUACAUGCUGUGCUAUAUCCCAUUGAUUUUCCCUGCAACGUGGUUGUUAGACGCUAGGGGGCUCCGCUUCGUGACUAUCCUGGGAUCGGGAAUGAAUGCAGUAGGGGCGUGUCUGAAACUGGCCAGUAUGGGGAGGAACCUGAUUGGUGUUGCCAUGGCAGCGCAGACGAUAAGCGCGAGCGCACAGGUGUUCAUCCUGGGCAUCCCCGCUCACCUGGCGGCCGUGUGGUUCGGCCCGCGGGAGGUUUCCACGGCAACGGCCAUCGGUGUCUUCGGAAAUCAGCUGGGUAUAGCUAUUGGGUUCCUCCUGCCUCCAGUGCUGGUGCCGGUGACUGAGGACCAAGAGGCAGUGCAGCGAGGCCUCAGUACCAUGUUCUACGGUACUGCAGCAGUCAGCAUCUGUCUGUUCCUACUCAUACUAUUUGUUUUCCAGAACGAGCCUCCGAUCCCGCCGAGCCCCGCCCAGGCCGCCAUCAAGCUGUCCCAGUCAGACGACCAAUCGUACCUCAGCUCUGUUCGUACACUGCUGUCCAAUGGCUCCUUUCUGCUGCUUGUAAUUACUUACGGAAUCAAUGCAGGAUGUUUCUAUAGCCUGUCAACGUUACUGAAUCAGAUCAUUCUGCACUACUUCCCUGAUGCAGAGGUGGACACUGGCUGGGUGGGCUUAACCAUUGUGUUUGCAGGGAUGGUAGGGUCUGUUUUAUGUGGACUGUGGCUGGAUCGUACCAAGACAUUCAAGAUCACCACCUUGGUUGUGUACCUCCUGACCUUUGCGGGCAUGAUGACCUUCACCUUCACCCUUGACCUUGGCAGGAUGUGGGUGGUCUUCCUGGUGGCUGGCUUCCUCGGGUUCUUUAUGACGGGGUACUUGCCUCUGGGAUUUGAGUUUGCUGCAGAGAUCACCUACCCAGAACCAGAGGGAACAUCCUCGGGGCUGCUUAAUGCUUCAGCACAGGCUUUCGGCAUAGCCUUUACCCUGGGUAUGGGUGUGUUGGUGGACCAUGAGAACAUCAGGGUGUCUCUUCUUGUCUUAUCAGGGAGUCUUCUACUGGGUACAGUUCUAACAGUGUUGAUCAAGUCGGACCUCAGAAGACAAGCAGCUGGCCACGCGGCGACCAUGCUAGCUGACGGGCCAACCAAUAUGUAACAAAAACCUACAAACAACGGAAUUCUAUAUAUGCAAUCUGGUACAUUUUGUAUUAUCAGGGUUCAAAAUACUGGAUGCAUAGAACCCAAAACUCAGGUGAUUUGUGCCGAAUGUUUGACAGUGGGUGCACCAGUGUAGAUAUCUGUGUAGAGUUUUUACCAUGAUUUACUCUUAUAUAUAUAUAUAUAUAUAUAAUAUUAUAUAGUAUAUACACUAGUAUAUAUAUAUGCAGCUGUUCUUGACAUUUACAAAUGUGUUUGAAUGUAGGUGUUCUAAAUAUAGGUGUAAUAUUUUCAAAAUAUCCAAACUUGAAACCAUGGUCGGACGUCAACAUAAUAUAUCCCAUUUUUAAGAACAUGUAGGUUACCCUGCAAGUAAAGGUGAACUAGUGUUAAAACCUAUGUGUGUUGCUUGUUUGAAUUUUGAAUUCAGGUAUAGAAUUUGGGUAUGUCAAAAUUUUUCAAACCCUGAAACAGUGUUGUUACUGUGGCUGACACUCUGAUUUUAAAUUAUUUCAUAUUCUGUACCCAAUCUUUUGUGUAUCUGAAUAUCUAGGUUAGUUGCAUGAGUGCAAUUUUUCUAUUCCUAAAAUUUCUUUCAUAUUUUUUAUGGUUGGUUGUAGAGCCAACAGCUCAAAAUAAUGCUAGUGAAGGAUCAAAGUACAUUAGAAGCCUAACAGUUGAAAAGGGAGUACAUGGGGACUUUGGAGUUACUCCAUGGCACUGUGAAGGGUCACACAGGGCUUUCAACAUUACAUCUCAAAGAAUGGUAGUUAUUAUUAGUAGUACUAGUAUCCAAUGUUUGUACCGCUGUGGGGGUCCCCAAAACACGGGUGGGCAGCAGUCAGCUAGUCUUCCUCGAGUGGCUCUGCUCAGUGGUUUCACACUGACGAGGCCGCACAUAUUGAUGUACAUCCUUCCGUGAUGUUCUUGGUCUACUAUGACCCCAGGCCCUGUUGCCUGGUAACUGUACUUUAGAGAUGGUGUUGAUGAAGCCACUGGCCCAUUCGAUGUGUCCAUACCACCAAUCAAAAGUAAGCGUACCCAUAGUUUAGACAGAUCCUAAAGGACAGUUUCCUAUUUCAUAAAAAGUGUAAUAUCAUGAGUCUUGGCAUUAACGUCUUCCAUACAUAGAAGGGCACACGUAGGUUUAUAGAAUUAUG